GAUGUUUUGACUAGGGCCCUGUCCACACGUAUCCGGAUAUUUUUUAAUCCGCAACUUUUUCUUUCCGGAUAUGGCUUCCGUCCACACGCAUCCGACGAAUAUCAGUGAACCCGGAUAUUUUUUAAUCCGCUCUCCAGUGUGGAAAAAAAUAAAUCUGCAACAAAUCCGAUAACGUUUGGACGAUGAAUCCCGAUAUUUUCGGAUCCGAUGACGUAGCAAAAUCGUGUCCAGUCUCUUACCGAACAAUAAACCAAUAUGGCGGCACGACGUGAAGGCCCAGUUUCUCUACAGUGAAUCACCAUCGGAUGCGUGUGGACAGGCGAAUUCGAUUUGAAUACGCUACGUGUGGACGGGAAAAUUUUUGAAUCCGGAAAGAAAAAGUUGCGGAUUCAAAAAUAUCCGGAUACGUAUGGACGGGGUCUAAAUACUGAAUCAAAGAAUAAAUUAUUAAAAAAUUGCAGGCCUGCAGAUCAGAUUUGACUUAACUCUGGUCAGCUGUGACGUUCAGGAGAAGAAACCUUAGAGCUAUAACACUGCAGACAUCUUAUCACUGAUAAACAUGUACCAGUUGGCACCAAGUUGGAAUUUUUCUCGGUUCUUUCAUAUAGACGUUUAACCCGUCAAUGACCAUUAGUUUAUUUAUUUUCCCUGGAAGCCUGCUGCUUCUAUGUCCAAGGUACUUAAGCCAGAUAUUUUAAACUUAUCGCCUUGGGAUAAAGCGAAAGCUUUUACACGAAACUCCUUUAGCGAGUUUUGUUUUCAUCGCAGCGUCACUUAAUACCUUGCUUAGUCUUUUUUGGUUGUUGAAAAUUGUGGCAACAUGCCUCUCUUGUUCGGUAAACAGUUUACAUAUUUUUGUUACCUCGUAGCAAGCUGCUGCGGUCGCUGAUCUUAGAAUUAAACAAUGCCCAGAAAAGGACAAUAUUUUUAGUCGAGCUAAAAUACGAAGACAACUAAUCGAUCAAAUUUAAAGGACAUGUUUGCGUGACAAGCAUAGUUGGUAUUGUAAGCGUGUGACCUUGGAUUUUACCAGAGUUGCUGCCUAAUAUAAGCGGAGAAAAACAUGACAGAAUAUGAAGGUCCAAAGCAUAACGUCGUUCUCAUUCCUAGCUAAAGAAAGACUUCCUGGCUUAAAUCCCAUAGAUUUCAUGUUCAUAAUUGUCAAUGAAUAAAUUGACUCUGCUGAUCUGUUUGCCUUGGCAAUGUUUGGGUUCCGAAGAAAGUUUUAAGACAAAGAAACUAGAUUCUUUAGAUUGCUAUGAAUACUUCUCUUCUUACAUUCAUUUCGAGGCUAGCGUGGCAAUUAACUUGAUCUAGAUUUAGAAAUCACAAAAGAAAACUUGACUUGAAAUGACAUCAUGUCGCUUGUGUCGUAUUUUCUACGUCCUACUUGACCAAAACAAGCCAGUGUAAGGAAAUCGGCUGUUACAUAUCUGAGCGUUCCUAUUGGCUAGAUCAGGCAAGCGGAUCAUCAACAACAAAGCAUUCUUCAAGUAUGCGUGUCAGCUUUUAUCUGGGCGUGUUUGUAUAGGCACUGCAGCAUAAGAGCCUUGACGUUCUUGGCAUUUUAACUCGGAUCAGCACUGCACGAGUCAGACGGUCUCAAUCUACCUGUGAGAAAAAAAUUAUGGAUCCAGUCAACGGUGAUGCAGAGUUGUCAGAGGAGGGAAGCGUACUCCGUGAUGGAGAGGAUGUAGAAAGGAGUGCGAGUUAUUGGGAAGAAGUCGAUCAAGAAGAGAUUGAACGCGAAAGAAGGGAGCGGGAGCUGGAACGUGAAAGGGGAAAGAUUGCAGAGGAAGAACUACCAAAAAGUGGAAGUGCGAGACGAGCUAAGGACCUUUUUGAAUCUCAGCCUCAAGAAGCGGAAAAAGAAACGCCGGUUGAUUUGCAAAUACUGUCUGGUGUCACUAAAGCAAGUAUGAAGAGGUACCAAGAAAACCAAGCUUCAAAAACUCCUUCACAGCAGCGAGAACUUGAGGGCCUUGAUGAGAUCCAAGGUGGAAUAGCCGCCUCGAACAGAGAAGCAUUCGAGAAAGGAACGGCGCGCAACGUAGAUAGCAAGAAGGAAGAUGAAGAAGAGGAAUACUUACCUGCCACAGGAAUUGCAUCUAAAACACGUGCAAGCAUCGAAUCUGGUCAAGUUAUCCGCGCCGAAGAUAGGCACGUACGCGAGACGAACAACUCCGAGGAAAUGCCUUCAGCCGGUGCUGCGUCUUCCGUGCGGCGUAGAUUUGAGCAAAGAAACGACGAUGAAGGCAAGGCACAAAGGCGCUUGAGUUAUGAACCAGACAAAGGCGAGGCUAAAGCCCGGACAGCGAUGUACAUGCAGAGCGUGGAGGUUUCAUCACGAAAGAAUCAGUCUCAGGACGAGGAAGAUGCCCUUCCGCCCCCCGGCAGCACUCGUGGGGUCAGGCAAAUGUUUGAGCAGGAUAAAGUUAUUCACGCCGAGUCAAAUAUUCAGGAUUCUUGGAAGGAAGAACUUCCUCCAUCUGGCGUUGCUCACGCAACUAAAGAAGCACUAAAAGCAGCUGCUGCCAAAGGCUAUGAGAAAUCACAAGUCGAGGACGAGGCUCUUAACCCUGGCAAGGCUUUGGCAACCAGAAGUCGGUUCGAAAAGGGAGAAUUUGAAGACCAGAAGACUGUGGAGCGGGAGGAACCUAUUGUGACACCUGGAUCAACCAAGGAGCAACUGAAACAGUUCCAGGAAGCAGCCCAGAACCAAGGUCCGAGAAGACGAACCAUGGAUAGCGAGCGGGAGGAUCUGGAAGCUGCCCGCGGUGUAGCCCUAGCGGUGAAGUCAAGCUACGAGAAGGAAGGUGCGCCUCAUAUAGAAACCAAAAGAACCAUUUCAGAUGAAGAUUUCACAGCAGUUCAUGGCCGUACCAAGGAAACCACUCGAGAAAUUGAGUCGGGUGCUCUCAUCAAACAAGCACCGAAGAUGGUUGAAACUGAGGACUUUGGUGUGACUCAAGGAGUCACAAAACAAACAACUCAGCAAAUAGAAAAAGGAGAAUUAAUGAAACACGCGCCUAAAAUGGUUGACGAGGAAGAUUUUUCAAGUGUGUCCGGCCGUGCCAAGCAAACGACGCAGCAGAUUGAAAAGGGCGAGUUGAUUAAAGAGGCACACAAGAUGGUGGAUGACGAAGAUUUCUCAGGAGUUUCGGGCGUUGUCAAGGGAACAAGAGAGCGCAUCGACAGCGGAGAAAUGGUUCAACAAACACCAGUCAGUAAUGCCGACCAGGGCAACUUAAUGGGGAUGCAAUCUGUGACGAGUAACCGAGCUGUGUUCGAUCAAAAUGGACUGGAGUCGAAUUCUGUUCAUCCGGAAUAAGACCUCAAUGAUCAGGUGUGGCAGUUAUAUCAUCCUAAGUUCAAUGCCACUAAAAAGUAAACGAAACAAUUUAAGAACGAAUUUAAAAUCCUAAGGAUGAAAUAAUACGGGUUAUUUGAGAUUUAGAUCAUUUACUAUUUUAGUUGAUUACGCGGUAAAGAGCUUUGUAGCAAACUUUAAACAAAUCCUGAAGGAUAGUUUGAUUUUGCGUGCUACCGUUUUUAAAAUUAUAUGAACCCAGACCAAAUUGCCCGUGAAGAAAAAUACAACUUAAAUUUCAAAGAGCGUAAGAUAAUUAAUAAAAUGCUGUAGUGUGGAAGACGGUACUGUAUAAGCUAACCUGAAAAUUCUUUCACAAGAAGUUAUUGGUAUGUUUUGAGUUUUAAAGUCCAGGAUAUGAACAAAUUCUGGUCAUAACAAGCUACUUCAGUAAAAGCUGAAAGUGCUGAUUUAUCGAAGCUCCUGUCAUUAUUAUUCAAGGAGAGGUGAUGAUAUGAACACUAGCAAAUAAACUUGGUGUUCAUCCGGGUACUGGCAGGAUCAAUCAUCAAUAUAGUCUCAUUCAGAUGUAAAUAUGUAAUAAAGCUGCCUUAAGCCAGCACUAGAAAUAGGUCCAAAAUUCCCACAGUCCAAUAGAUUGAAGUUUAUAAUGUGUAGAAUAAAGUGCUUUGAAUUUUCA